AUGCUGACUCAUGAUCAUGUGACCACGCGCACUGUGGCACGCGCCCAGCGUGUCCAACAGAGGCUAAGUGCGGAGAUCUACCGAACAAAGCAUGCGGGUCAUACUCUACAGCAUAAUAUAUCCCCCUUCACCAAAGUGUCCGGCAUGCGACGCAUUACCAGUUUCUUCAACCGUCCGGCUUUUGCAGCAGUGAACCCAGGCGCUCAGACCAGUGACCGAGUCAAUGACCCCGAUCAGACAUCUCAUUCGUCCCCGCAAUCUCUUCAUUCAAAUGGCCCCUCUUAUUCCUCAUUAGCGGAGCCAGGCUCUCAGCUGGCACUGUCUUUAUCUCAAUCCAUAAAGGAUGGCGAUAAUGACGCCGGGCUUCAUCACAGCUUCCUCAGCACAGAGUCUGCAGCUAAUGAUCCAUCUCCUGGAACAAGUUUCAACUCCUCACAGCGUGUCAUGAAGAACGGGAAGGAGGUUGUUAUCAGCUCGGAUGGUGAGGAUACAGAUUCAUUAAGCUCGUUCGAGUCUCCAGACGAUCUUCUUGCGAGGAUUGUUAAGCCGCCUGGUUUUGUAAGCAAAGAAGAUAGAGAGAAUGAUACGUCUAAUCCAGGAAUGACCUUGCGGAAUGGCAGCUUGAACGGCGCAAAGUCAAAUAACCGGUCCCGCUUUCCAGUAAAGGUCCCAAAAUACAGCAAUACGCUAGACUCGCUUGUUGUCCAAGCAGUUGAUGAUAAUGAAACCGAGGCUGGUAUUGCAAAGCUGAAAGCUGCUUUUGAGAAAGAAGACAUGCGAAAGAACGGAAAGCAGGAUGAUGUGAAACACAGCACGCAUUUACCGACCACACAGCUUAAUGAGGAUACUCUCGCAUCGGCUCUGGGCGAUCAAGACGACGAAAUGGGGCUGCGACGUCUUCUAGAUGCUGUCCGAAGAACAGAGGCUCUUGACCUAGAGAAAUCAUGGCACUUUUUUGACUAUAAAAGCGAAUUGCCCCCUGCGGUUGACUUUCCCAAAGAGUGCAUAGAUCAGGACGGUUUUAUGUUUCGACUACGAGAGAGACACUCCAGGGAGCGGGCACUCCACUCAGGCAUUGUCGAUUUCGCUCUAUCGCGGUCAUACUUGCCGGACGGGUUCAUCUCGUGGGUUUUCAAAGCUGUACCCUCGGAGACGCAAGACAGCAUCAGGCAAGCGCUUUGUAGAGCAUUUAGAAAUGUGAACCCUGAGCGGGUCAAGUCCCUCAUAAAACCGGCCGACAUCGAUCAAGUUUUCCAACAAUUGGGAACCACUUCCCAAGCAUUGGCGACGUCUGAAAAGAUUGUCCCAGAUGCUCACAUUAACAAACAUAAUGUGAAGAGCAAUUCCCUACGUGAGGGAAUGUUGGUCUCUGUUCUUGAGUUGCUCAGUGGAGCUGCAGACCUGUUUGCAGAGGAUACUCGAGAGCGCGCAUUGAAUUUACUAUUCCGUCUCACUCUUGAUGUCUCCUUGACCAGCAAUUUUUUGGUCUGUUCUGAACUGGAGAGAACCAUCGUCACCAUGCUAGAGAGUGCCCCUGACGAUACGGCCGAUGACAUGGUGCAUCGUGUCUGUACGACUGCCUUCGACACAAUCAAAGAUGCGACGUCACAGAGUCGCCUGGUCAGGCAUAUACUUCCAACAUCAGACUGGCUCGCUCUCCUACGGUGCCGCCUCGCCGUGUCCUUCUUGACAAAUGAUGCUUCACCACUAAGUGAGCCGCCAGAAAUGCUCAUCGAUCUGAAGCGCAUGACCAGCAUUCUCAGUCAACAGCGGUUCGAUGUGAAGUGGUACAAAGGGAAAGGGCAGCAUGAGUAUGAUUACGGGGAACUUGGAGCUGUCACUAUCCUUCUUAAUAUUGCCAUCGAUUCUGGACGGUAUGAAGUCAACUUUCCAGAUAAAGAAGCUGAGAAAGAAUUCAAUUCUGCCGUUGAUGCCCUUUCUGAUCGGCUUAAAAUCAUCUUCACUUCCAUUGAGGAUUCGGGUGCAUCCCACUUGAAACGGACGUUGGCCAAGGAAGCUAUCGAGGCUCUACAUUAUCGAGUCGUAUAUUCCGUCAGGACAAAACCACGUCCGAAAAAGUCGAUUCUUGGGGUCCCUGAGGAAAGGAGAGAGAACAAGGGCGUGUUCAAGUCAUUCUUCAGAGAUCCGAAGGGCAACGGUGAGCUGCCAUUCCGGCCACAUGACACAGAAUCUUAA